UUCUUGAGUUGUGGUGGAGAGUCGAUUCAUGCGCUUCUCUAUGAAGCCUGUGAAAGCACCCAUGAGUUGAUACUAUAUUUUCACAUGGGAUCGGUGUAGUAGUGUGCUGUUGCUGGAGCCUGGUGAGAUGUAACUGCGUCACCGUCGCAGAACAGGGAAAUUAAGUACAAAGUUUUAAGCUCGUUGAGUUGUGUGCUUCGAGGAUAUGGAUACCCUUGUAUCUCUGGAGCUCUUUGGCGGCGUCGUCUGGAAUUGGGUCCAGGAGAGUCGCUUGCUGAUGACUACAUGUUCUGUGUUGGUGGCGCUGGUGAGCUCAGUUUUCCUAUUUUCGCGGUUCCGGAAGCCAUUGCAACUUCCACCUGGUCCCAAAGGACUGCCGUUUGUGGGGAAUUUGCUGCAGUUGGGAUCGCUCCCCCACAAGACCGUCACUGAAUUGCAUAAAAAAUACGGCCACCUUGUGUACCUACGUCUGGGCAGCGUCCAAACCAUUGUGAUGGACAGUCCCGAGCUCUUUAGGGAGAUCACCAGGGAACAGGACAAUGUGUUUUCAUCGCGACCGCAUUUGACGUUCACGGAGCUUGUGGCCUACGAUGCCCACGAUUUUGCAAUGGCGCCGUAUGGUCCCCACUGGCGGCAUGUUAGGAAAAUCUGCGUGCAUGAACUUCUGACGAACAAGCGGCUUGAGAGCACUGCGGGAGAGCGCAAGGAGGAGUGGAGAUGCAUGGUAAAGGCCAUUUUAGAAGCGGCCAACAGUGGCGACGUUGUAGACAUGAGGGAUGUCUUUGCGGGCGUGUCGAUGACGGUGAUGUGUAGAAUGUUGGUAGGGAGGCGGGACUUUUCUGCUAGAGAAGAUAAGCCGCGGGAUUUUAAGCAUCUUAUCCAUGAAUUGUUUCGAUUGAUGGGAGUGUUGAACCUAAGGGAUUUUGUGCCAGCUCUUGGGUGGCUGGACUUGCAAGGUUUCGAGAGAGAUAUGCGCAAGUUGCGGCGUGAAUUUGAUGAGGUGUUUGACGCCGUCAUUCAAGAGCAUAGAGACCUGGCAUCUGGCAAGCUGCCAGGAGGAAAGCCGAACGACUUCAUCAGCGUCCUGCUGGACCUUCCAGGCGAGAAUGGAGAGCCGCACCUGGACGAGAAAACCAUCAAAGCUCUCCUACAAGACAUGCUAGCGGGCGCAACGGACACAUCCGCAGUGACAAACGAGUGGGCCAUGGCGGAAAUCAUCCGCAACCAGGAGAUUCAGCGCAAGCUCCAGAACGAGCUCGACUCAGUGGUAGGCCGCGACCGUAACGUGCAGGAAUCCGACCUUCCAAACAUGCCAUACCUCAUGUGCAUAACGAAGGAGACCUUCCGACUCCACCCAGCGGGUCCCUUCGGCAUCCCCCGCGAGACGAUGGCCGAUACUAAGCUGAACGGUUACCACGUGCCGAAGGGCACUCGAGUCCUCAUGAACUUCUACUCGUUGGGUCGAAACCCCGAGAUUUGGGCGGAUCCUUUGGAAUUCAAACCGGAGCGAUGGGAGCGAGAAAACUUGGCCCAGGUCCAGGACCCCGAAUUCCGCAUCUUCCCCUUCGGCAAUGGCCGUCGCCAGUGCCCCGGCUACAUCUUAGGCAGCAGCAUGGUACUCUCGACGCUGGCGACGCUCUACCACGGAUUCAACUGGUCUCUCCCACCCGACGUUGCCCGCAUCGACAUGGACGAAGCCUUCGGCUGCACGUUGCCGAUGAGAACUCGUCUCCGCGCAGUCGCGACGCCCCGGCUCCCGCCAUACUUGUAUGCCUAGUCGACUUCCGCCAUCGCUUGACGGCCGCGACCGCGAACGCGCGGCUUCAAGGCUGCCGCCGAAACUGGAAUCCUGGUGCACUGUCCACGCCGAACGCCGGCCGCGGCCAUCGACGCGCGUCCAUGAAAGCACACUUUUUCCUUCGUACUUCAGACCUCUUUUUGUGUAGAUUUUUAUAUAAGUUUGGUCCCGUACUUUUAGAAUUUAAAACUUGUGUAAGUUGGGUCAGAUCCAUGCCGAUAGUUUGACACUGAAUGAAUGGCUUUUUCACUGAUUCAGUUGUUUCAUGGUGUGGGGUAUUUUUACUGGCGUUGUUGCUGGUGAUUAAGUUAAUAAUACUUGGAUAUUAGUCGUGAUAGUAAUUAGGUUUUGAUUCCUUCUGUUUUAAGCCUUGUUAAUUUUUAAACAAGCAUUGGAAAUGAUGCCUUCAAGAUUUUUUUCUUAACAAGAAAAUGAAGUGGUGGAACUUAGAUUGUUACAUCAA